AUGGCUGAACCUGCUAAUAUUGCUGCUUUCCUCAUGGCUGAGAAGGCGUACCCGCUGGAAGUCCGGGAAUCUCCCUACCCCACGCCUGUCAAGGACGAAGUAGUGAUCAAAACAGCUGCAAUCGCCAUCAAUCCUGUCGACUGGAUUGUGCAAGCUACGGCUGUGAUUCCCUUUCCAUACCCUUGGAUUCUCGGCCGCGACUGCGCCGGCACCAUCGUCGCCAUCGGCCCCGCCCAAACCACCCACCGCGUCGGCGACCGCGUCCUCGGUCUCGCCGUCGGCUUCGCCACCAAAGACCCCUCCUGCAGCGCCUUCCAGGCUUACGUAAAGCUCUCGCCACCCCUAGUCACGAAGAUACCGCCGGCGAUCUCCUUCGUCGACGCAGCGGUGCUGCCGCUCGGCACGGCGACGGCGGCCGCGGGCCUUUUUGAAGACUACCUGCUGGGGCUGCGGCUGCCAUCGUCAUCGCCGCCAUCGCGUGGGUUAGAGGCUGAGACGGGCGUGGCGGAGAGCGAGCGCGAGGCGGCGGCGGUGGUGGUGUGGGGCGCGGCGAGCAGCGUGGGCAGCUGCGCCGUUCAGCUCGCGGUGCAGGCUGGCUACGUCGUGCUCGCGACGGCGUCGCCGGCGAACUUUGCGUAUGCACGGGAUGAGCUGGGCGCCACGGCUGUGUUCGACUACAAGAUCGCGGGCGUUGUCGAAGAGAUUGUGCGGGUUGUGGAGGCGGGCCGGUACAGGCUCGCCGGAGUGUUUGAUGCGGUGGGUGGGGGCGGCGCGGUCGAGAAGUGCGUCGAGAUUGCGGCCAUGGUACGCAAGGGGAGCAGGCUGGUGUGCACAGUGAGGCCGCUACCGGACGAGUUGAGCCAGAAGUUGCCCGAGGGUGUGCAGUGCGGGCAAGUCAUGGCGAGUGAGAUUAGGAAUACGCCUGUUGGCCCUGCCGUGUUUGAGCAAUUUUUGCCGAAGGCUCUGAAGGACGGUCGAUUCAAGUGCUUGCCCGGACCAGAAGUUGUUGGAGAGGGGCUGCACAGCUUGCAAAAAGGGUUGGAUGAAUUGAAAGCAGGGGUUUCGGCGAAGAAGCUGGUAAUCGUCAUGCCGUAG